AUCAUACGCGCCAUGAAUAGUCUAUUCGUUUCAUUAAUUUGCAAUGAAUUUAAAAAAGAGUGCAGAACAGGGCAUAGUAUUGUUGCCAUUAUGAUCUAAUUAUUCCUGCUGUUGUUUUCUUGCGUCACUUUUAUAAAUUAUUCUUUUUGUUCAUGUAGGCUACUUGUAUGACAUUAGAUCGAUGAUAUGAGCAAGUACGGUAAAUAAUCAUACAGAAUGAAGAAUAAAUAAAACUGGAAGUCGCAGAAUGGCAGACGCAGGAAUUGACCGAAGCAAGUUCCGUGUUCUAUGUUAUAACAUACUUGCCGAGUUUCAUGCGUGGACCGAUGUUGGUCGUUCAUUUAAUUAUCCUUAUUGUCCUGAAAAAUUUCUUGAAUCUGGUUACAGAAGGAAACUUGUUCUCAGCCAGUUAGCUGAAUACAAUGCUGAUAUCUUGUGUCUUCAAGAGGUUGACGAGAAUGCUUACAGGUCUCUGUUUCUGCCCGAACUAUCAAAACAUGGAUAUUCGGGUACAUUCGUUAGAAAAUCGGAUAUCCCUGAAGGCUGCGCAACGUUUUAUCGCAGCUGCAGUUUGACACUAAUUGUUUCCGAACAAAUAGUAUUGAGCGAUGCACUAAGAUCUGAGCGCAAUUCUGAUUUGUAUAAUAAAAUCAAAUGUAACGAAAAAUUGUUGGAGACUGUAAUUUCUCGGGGAACUUCUUUGUCAAUGAUGCUACUGGAAACUACUGCUAAUGAAUUGCUUGUUGUCAUCAAUGUCCAUCUCUUUUGGGACGACAGAGGAGGGCACAUAAGAGCAAUACAGUCGCAACUCGUAGUGCGGGAAAUGGAGCAUUUCAUACAACGUUGUAUGAUUAGUGAUACUAACUUAGCUAAUAAGUUACUUGCCCGGAUAGUUGCAGGUGAUUAUAACAGCGACCCAUACUCCGCUGCUGUACAGCUAAUGACAGAUGGAAAAGUGCCUUCAAAUCAUUCGGAUUGGUUUGCGAUGGGUGAAGAAGAGUAUCAGCCAGGGAUCGAAUUACUUGGCAAAAUUAAAUAUCAAAGUGCCUGUGGUUAUCCCGCCUACACUAGCUUUGUUCCAGAGUUUCGUAAAUGUAUUGAUUACAUUUUCAUUGAUCCAAAGGUCUUACAAGUCAUUGAAAUACACCCCCUUUCUCAAUCAUAUGAAGAAACGACUCGAUACACAGCUUUACCAAAUGAGUUUGCCCCAUCAGACCAUAUUCCAUUAGUUGUCGAUUUAAAAUUUAAUUUGCAAUGUAAGUGAUUAUGUGCAAUAAAAAGUACACACAUGAUUUGUAAAGUAUAUUAUAAUAUAUAUAUAUAUGUUUCAAUUCUGUGGUUUACCAUUCUGACAGGUAAAUAUUGUUUGCAAUAUUUUUAGAUCACAAAUUAUGUUAUGAACAUUUUUUUAUAUCCACAUUUUAGUUCCAAUUCGAAUUAUGUUUAAUCGAUGUAGCAGUAAUACCUCAAAAUAACCAAAAACAAAUUUUUUAAUCUUUAUUCAAUUAUGUGUUAAGAAAUGUCGUUUUAUUAACUACGGUAUAUUUACCUUGAGUUGAUGAAUAAAUUUAUUUAUUUAUUUUAAGAUCACCUCAAAAUACCUAUUCAUUAACAUACAUUAUAAAGUUUUCUUGAGAUUGAUUUAUAGUAACUAAUUUUGUACAAUGGAUUCAUUAAUUUUGUUCAACCUAUUUUUCAUUUGCCAAAAUUCCAGCAGUUUCUGUUUCUUUUCAAAAACUUCACAACUUUGUGUGAUUAACCCUUCACAUUAUGUCAUCGAUAUAUGGUGAAAUGCUAACCGUCCAACGGUCCAAGUCUUCAUUUUAUACGGGUCGGUCACUUUAUCUAAUAAUAUAUAUUAGCAGUCUUGUGUUGAGUGAGUCUGUAUUGGACUUGUUGCUAUUGUUAUUUUUUAUGUGUGAUAUUUUCAUUCUUGCAUAGCUAAUUAAACAAGACUUGUACUUUGAAUUGCUGCAUGUGCUCAGGAGCCCACAUAAUGCAUCAAAGUGUUUUUCUCUGAGUUCUAACUAGUCAAAAUCUCCUCAAUUUGGAUCUAGGGUCAAAUUUUCGGCGACUCUCCCAGACUGCACACCCAUAGCUGUUAGUUUUUAUAUUAUUCUCUUUUGCAUCAAUAGAAGUUUUGUCAGCAGGGUUUCUAAUUCAAGGUGCUUUUUGUGAUCUUUCAUUUUUCAAUAUUCAUUAAUUUGUUUUCAUUUUCAUUGCAUUCGAUGUUCGAUAAGAAAUCUCGUGUUGGCUAACAAAUAACUCUUUAAUCUAUCCUUUUGAUCUAAUACGUAGAAUUGCGUAUGCAGAAUAUUGGACAAUCUGAUGUCGUACUUUGUAUUUUACACGAUGGGAAAAUACACCAAUAUUUCAUUGAUAUUUUCUCCAUAUUCACAUAUAUAAUAUGUCUGUAUGUUAAUAAUGAAAUUUUGGUAGCAAAAACAGUCAAAUUAGUUGAAAUAGUAUGAAUGAUAAAUAGCGAAAAACAAGUAAUAGUCACGGAUAAAAUCUGUGUAAUCUAUUUAAUUGUGGUUUCAAGUAUAAUAACUUGAAUUCAAAAACUUUACAAAGCUCAAAAUUAUAAUAUAACGUUAUGGUACCAGAAAACGGGACGUCAUAAUACCCGUUUCUACUCGCGGGGGUGGAGACGAACAUGAACGUCAGUGACCCUAUUACCGCCACCCUCGAAUUUUGAAUAGUGAUAUCUCAGAUUGCCCUUGUCGCUUCGAACUAAGACUUUGCCACAAUAAAUAAUGGUUUAUCGCGCGUUAUAAAAUAUCUAACUGGCUAACCAAUAUGCGAAACUAACAACGCUACAAGCUUCAAGGCAACUAAAAGUCACAGUGGCGUUAAUUGGCACCGUGUAUCUUAUUACCGCCACCUAGAUUCACUCCCAGAAAUGUUUGGUAAACAACUCGUAAUGAUGUUGUUGAAAAUGUAAUUUAUUAUGAAUUAUUUCGAAUAAUAAAUAAAACAUAUUUUUUUUAUUAUAAAUACAACGUUAAAUGUAAUUAGGUACAUUUUUUAGUAUGCCUUCCGAAAUCUAAUUCAUUUCUUUCUCUGUGUACCCUUCACCCUUACUAGAUUAGGAAUAAAUGCCAACAGAUACACUCUGGAUUGAAAUAAAGGGCAUUUAUUUAUUAAUAGUGAUUAUUGUUCAGCAAACUGUAAGGUACUAUUUAUAAAGAAUGAUAUAAUAAGCAAUUUCAUUAUAAGCACUAUGAAUAUAUUAUUGUAAUCAAAUAGUCACAUUAUCAAGUUUUCCAUCUAUGUAUCAUAUUUUUCUUGCCGUUGCAUGUCUCAAUAGUGAAAAUUUCUUGCCAUUUGUCGCACCAAGUUUUUCUGUAUGUAUAUUUCGAGCAAAGUGAUUUGUACAUGUUGUCAUUUGAAGCCCAAUUGAAUUUAAUGUAUCUUGGCAAAGUAUGAAAUCAUCCAAGACUGGACUGUAGAAUUUGCUUCAUGAUUAAUUUUCAAGGUCCUCGAUCUUCCCUUAAUCAUACAUGUAGUAACUGUUAUAUCACUCCAAUUAUCGCUUGUUUCAAGCCUUAGGCAGUUAUCCACUUGUAUGUUCUGGCUUCUAUCUUUCAGUUGAAAUUUUUGAUGUGACGACAAUAUUCAACUAGCUUAAUACAUAAGUAUUGUAUUUAUUAGAUAGUCUCCUACAUUGCAUGCAAAACAAAAAAAUGUUAUGAAAUGGACCUACUAGGAGUCAAACCCCAGACCUAAAGCCUGAAAAUGCCAUUGCUUCAACCAUCUUAUAGCCCAGGGAUGGCGAACCUUUUUCAAUGAAUGGGUCAAAAACUAUAUUUUUAUCGCGGAACAAAAGGAGAGUGGGUCACAGAUAUUUAAUUCACUUUUAUAUCUAUAAGAAACUUCUG